CUAUUUUUAACAUUGCAAAGAAAGGUGCUUGAGCUUCAAGCGUUGUCCUUGUUGUCUUGUAGAGGUAGAGAAGGAGAACCCAAGAAGCAAUCGCUGCAAUUCAGCACAGAGCAGAAGAAUUGAGCAGCGUAGAGGAAGUGAGAAGAAGAAGAGUGCGCAGCUUCGUUUCCGAUGGCGGAGGCGAAUGGUGACAAAACGCUGCGCAAAAUCGCAGACGCAUUCAAGGCCCUUUCCACCGUCGUCACCGAUUCGGCCACCGCAGACCUCGAUGUCGCCUCCUUCUCUCGUGCCUGCUCCCUCGUCUCCCCUCUCUUCGGCUGCUUGGGCGUCGCCUUCAAGUUCGCCGAAAUGGAUUACGUCGCCAAGGUUCAUGAUCUGGCUGAGGCGUCCAAGUCUAUUGAGACGUUGCAGUCUCUGGUUGAUCUGGAUGUGAAAGGUGACUCUGUGAGGAAGGCUGGUAGCCAUACGCGGAAUCUGCUCAGAGUGAAGCGAGGACUUGACAUGGUCAGAGUGCUCUUUGAGCAAAUUUUAGUUACUCAGGGUAAUUCCCUUAGGGAUCCAGCUUCCAAGGCUUAUGAACAGGUGUUUGCACCUCACCAUGGUUGGGCGAUCAGGAAGGCUGUUUCUGCGGGAAUGUAUGUCCUUCCUACAAAGGAACAACUUUUGACGAAACUCAAUGAGGAUGAGGCGUCAGCAAAAGUCCAAAUGCAAAGUUAUGUCACGGCAUCCGCAACUCUAAUCCAAUAUAUUGACAAACUCUUUGUUUCUAGAAACUUGGGAAUAGAUUGGUGAACCCUGGUUUGUAUUUCAGAUUGUACGAUGUAAUGUAAUUUGCUAUUAAUAAAACUAUAUGACAUAAUUCAUGUAUUUAUGAUCACUAUGUAUUUAUUUGUCAUAGAAUUUGUUUAUAUUGCAAUAGAUGCUGGUACUAGUUUACAGGCUUUUGA